CCACGAGAGGGUCCGCGAGUGCAUUAUCUCAACACUUCUGUUUGCGACACUCUACAUCCUCUGCCACAUCGCCCUGACCCGCUUCAAGAAGCCUGCUGAGUUCACCACAGGGGACUGUGAGGGAGCAGGAGGGCACACUGCAAUGCAGAUGGCUCCCAGAGCUGCCCACUGAUGACCUGCCUCUUCCCCAUGCCUCUGUCUUUCGUAGUGGAUGAUGAAGAUGCCACAGUAAACAAGAUUGCCUGAUGCAGCCCAGGGCACAGGCCUUGGCUAUGAAGCUGGGUUUCAACGCCCCUUGUCCCCGCUUUGCCUUAGUACCUUCAUGCAGGGCAUAGCCAUAUGGGGUGACCCUGCUGUGUCCAGGCUGAAGAAGGCAAGCCCAGAAAUCCAUAUCCUUGAGCUGAGCAGAGAAGAGAAGUCAGGGCCCUUAGCUUGGCAGCGCCUGGCUGACCCUAUAGGCAAGUGCGGGAGGACCACAUUCCUGGGGACAGUCUGGGCAAGUGACAUGGCAGGUGGAUGGACCAGGUUUCCAUAGAUGCCUGAGGGUGCCCAUCCCACGUGCCAAGGCUUUCCUGGAGGUGAGGGAUAGAGUAGGGAGGCAGUAGGUAGAGCCCCAGCUAGACGGCUCUUUCCCUGGGUCUGUCACUGCUACAGCUGGUUGUAGGAGAAGUCACAGAUACCUGUGGGGAUGAGUUGGGGCUGCUUGGGCCCAGGAAAGUGAGUGUCUGAGCUAAUCAGAGGCACUACCCCUUCUCUGCCCAGGCUUGAGCUGUGCACCUUCACCUUGGCAGUUGCCCUAGGUGCUGUCCUGCUCCUGCCCUUCUCCAUCAUCAGCAACGAGGUGCUGCUCUCACUGCCGCGGAACUACUACAUCCAGUGGCUCAAUGGUUCCCUCAUCCAUGGCCUCUGGAACCUCGUUUUCCUCUUCUCCAACUUGUCCCUCAUCUUCCUCAUGCCCUUUGCAUACUUCUUCACUGAGUCUGAGGGCUUUGCUGGCUCCAGAAAGGGGGUCCUGGCCCGGGUCUACGAGACGGUGGUGAUGCUGACGCUUCUCACUCUGCUGGUGCUGGGCAUGGUGUGGGUGGCGGCUGCCAUCGUGGACAACAAGGCCAGCAGGGAGUCCCUCUAUGACUUCUGGGAGUACUACCUCCCCUACCUCUAUUCCUGCAUCUCCUUCCUUGGGGUCCUGCUGCUCCUGGUGUGUACUCCGCUAGGUCUCGCCCGCAUGUUCUCAGUCACUGGGAAGCUGCUGGUCAAGCCCCGGCUACUGGAGGACCUGGAGGAGCAGCUGCACUGCUCAGCCUUUGAGGAGGCAGCUUUGACCCGCAGGAUUUGCAAUCCCACCUCCUGCUGGCUGCCCUUGGACAUGGAAUUGCUGCACAGACAGGUCCUAGCUCUGCAGACACAGAGGGUCCUGCUGGAGAAGCGGCAGAAGGCCUCAGCCUGGCAGCGGAACCUGGGCUACCCCCUGGCCAUGCUGUGCUUGCUGAUACUGACGGGCCUGUCUGUGCUCAUCGUGGCCAUCCACAUCCUGGAGCUGCUCAUCGAUGAGGCGGCCAUGCCCCGGGGCAUGCAGGGGGCCUCCCUGGGCCAGGUCUCCUUCUCCAAGCUGGGCUCCUUUGGUGCCAUCAUUCAGAUCGUACUCAUCUUUUACCUGAUGGUAUCCUCGGUCGUAGGAUUCUACAGCUCUCCACUCUUCCGGGGACUGCGGCCCAGGUGGCGUGACACAGCCAUGACGCAGAUAAUUGGGAACUGUGUCUGUCUUCUGGUCCUAAGCUCAGCACUUCCUGUCUUCUCUCGAACCCUGGGGCUCACUCGCUUUGACCUUCUGGGUGACUUUGGACGCUUCAACUGGCUGGGCAAUUUCUACAUCGUGUUCCUCUACAAUGCAGCCUUCGCGGGCCUCACCACCCUCUGUUUGGUGAAGACCUUCACCGCAGCUGUGCGGGCAGAGCUGAUCCGGGCCUUUGGGCUGGACAGACUGCCGUUGCCCGUCUCUGGUUUCCCCCGGGCAUCUAGGAAGACCCAGCACCAGUGACCUCCAGCUGGGGUGGGAGGGAGAAAACUGGACACUGCCAUCUGCUGCCCAGGCCUGGAGGGGUGCCCAGGGGUGGGUGGACCUCAGGACCUGGAAUCUGAGAGGGUGGGUGGCAGAGGGGAGCGGAGCCGUUGCACUGUUGCAUAAUCUGAGCCAGAGUUUGGGACCAGGCCCCCCCUGCUUUUCCAGAUUUAACUGUGGGUCCCAGCAUGGGGUGGGGCUGGGUGACUGGGUCUGGCUUCUGGUCCCAAAUUCGUUUACACGUCAGUCUGCCUCACUGCUGUUCCGGGCCAUGCCCGUAGCCAUGUUUACAUGAUUUGAUGUGCAAUAGGGUGGGGUGGGGGCAGGGGAGGGACUGAACCAGAGGCAGACUGGGGAGGCAGAUUGUCUCCCUUGCCUCUGGCCCAGCAGAGCCUAAGCGCUGUGCUAUCCUGGAUGGGCUAUGGACCACCGGAGAGAUGAGGGCAUAGGGAGGAAGAGGCCACAACCAUCAGCAAUAAAGUUGAUCCCAGGGUUUGCUUUGGUUUUU